CAGCCCUGCUGUAACGCUGUUUGACUCAUCAUCGGGUCAGGAAGACCUAGAGACAUACGCCCCCCCCCUUCUUUAAUCGUGUCUGUGAUCCCCGAAUCAAGAGAGAAAGAGAGAGAGGGAGAGAGAGAGACAAGAAGAGGACAGCAGAGAUGAGUGUGAUCGACAUUCUAACCAGAGUCGACGCGAUCUGCCAGAAGUACGACAAGUACGACAUCGAAAAGCAGAAAGAUCUCAACAACGUCUCCGGCGACGACGCCUUCGCCCGCCUCUACGGCUCCGUCGAGUCCGACAUCGAUGCCGCCCUCCAGAAAGCGGAAGCCGCGUCGAAGGAGAAAAGCAGGGCGUCCGUCGUUGCUAUCAAUGCCGAGAUUCGGCGCACCAAAGCUCGAUUGCUUGAGGAGGUCCCUAAGUUGCAGAGGUUGGCCGUGAAGAAGGUUAAGGGGCUUUCGACGGAAGAAUAUGUAGCCCGUAAUGAUUUGGUCCUUACCCUACCAGAUAGGAUUGAAGCCAUACCAGAUGGGACUGCAGCUGCACCCAAACAAAGUAGUGGCUGGUCGGGUUCAGCUUCUCGUGCAGAAAUCAAGUUUGAUUCAGACGGACGGUUUGACGACGAGUACUUCCAGCAAACAGAAGAGUCCAGCCAAUUCAGGAAUGAGUUUGAAAUGCGUAAAAUAAAGCAGAACCAAGGAUUGGAAGUUAUAUCAGAAGGUUUGGAUACACUAAAAAAUAUGGCCCAUGAUAUGAAUGAGGAAUUUGAUAGGCAAGUUCCUUUAAUGGAUGAGAUUGACGCUAAGGUGGACAAGGCAACAUCUGAUCUUAAGAAUACCAAUGUGAGACUUAAGCACACCGUUACCCAGCUGAGGUCAAGCCGAAAUUUCUGCAUAGACAUAAUACUGCUGUGUAUAAUUCUCGGGAUUGCUGCCUAUCUUUACAAUGUACUGAAGAAGUAAGAUGAUACGACGGCACUGUUCCUGCUUAUAUUUUAUUGGUUGUCUCUGGCAUUCUCUUGCGCUGAUUGAGGCUUUCCUAUGCGCUUGCCGCGGGUUUGAUUUGUUUUCCUGUUUCAUUUGUGUGUGUUCUGUUUGUAUGUCCGUGCUCGUACUUGGAACAGCGUACUCUUUCAAAUACAACCACUGGAUGCAUCCGACAUUUCUGUAUCAAUGAUUUGGCAUUUGUUGAAUAUUCACUUUCUCCUUAA